CCGUAAUGAUGCGUAACGUGUAGACAUUGUGCGGAGUAAGUUACUAGUGCGGUCCACCAGCCUGAGGCAACCAUCAUCAAGCCGAGGUAGAACCCCCUUAUGCCUGAGGCAUGAUUCAGGCAUACCGGACCAACUCAGACUCCGCCUGAGGCAUUCACCUCCGCGGCGGAGAAUCUCGACCCGCUGGACCUCCGCUCCGCUUCCUUUCACUUCUUCCUCUCCCGAUCGCCCCAAUGCCAACAAUCCACCAGUCCACAACCAGCUCACCACCAUGAUGGACAUCGAUGACAUCCUCGCCUCCGUCGACCGCACGGACACCUCCACCCCGGAGUCCACGGCCCUCGACCACCAAUUGCUCACGCGCUUCUGGGUCGCGGAGCGCGGUGUAUCGGAGCUCCUCCCAUGGCCGGCCGCUCUGAUGGAGCGCAUCCUCGACCGACUCCGUCUGCAGAUCGAAACAAUCGAAGACCUCGCCUCCGCCUCCUCCGACCCGAUGUACACGACCAACCCCAACACCAACGCGCCCCCCACCCCCGCAACAACAACCAACCUGAAGCUCUCGAUCCUGCAAACCGACCUCUCCCGCACACAAUACCUCCUCCGCUCGCUCCUCCGCCAACGUCUCUCCAAACUCACAAAACACAGCAUGCACUACCUGCAACUCAUCUCCUCCUCCUCCUCCCCGACGCAACACCCGUCCUCCCAAUCGCAAUCGCAAUCGUCCUCUUCAGAAGCCCACCAGGAACCAAUCGACUCCGUCCCCGCCCCUCCCGAUCCAGCCGCAGACCCUUCCCCGCUUUCCCGUCAGGAGGUCUCGUUUCUGCACGCCCACCAGACUCUCCUGGCGAAUCACCACGGGGCGUCGUUUCUGAGCUCGUUUCCGCCGCAGCUCAGACGGUUGGAUGAUAAUGCCGGCGGGACGAGUAUGGUGCAGGGGCCGGAGGGGAGGGAGGUCGUCUUUGUGAGGUGUGUGGUUGAGGAGGUUAGGGUCGUCGUGCCGCCGGGGAUGGGGUGGAGGUGGAGACUGAGGGCACGGUGCUUAGGAUGGGGGAUGUUUGGGCGGUUAGGUGGGAGGGGUUAG